UUGGUCAUUCUCAACCACCCCCUCGCUGACAAAUCCUGCGAUCAAGGAAAUGGCCUGCAUUUCCGUCUCUGGCGCUAACCGCAUGCGUACCGUGAUUUGGCUUGGCCGCUAUACAUUAUCGGGUAUCCCAUAUUUCCUCCACUGCAUAUUCUGAGUGAGGUCCAUCUAUAGCCCACACAACCACCAGAAAUCUCAUACUCACUAACGCACGCACGAAAUCGACACCAUUUCAAGCUUGCAUACACAAACUCACAACCAUGGCUUCCUUCUUCAUCACCGGUGCCUCUAGGGGAUUCGGCUUGGCUCUGGUUAAGGAGCUUUUAGCUCUGCCCACUUCCAAAGUCAGCAAAAUUAUCGCUUCUUCCCGCAGCGACUCUUCAGCCCUCAGUGAAGUUGUUAACAGCUCUUCUGGCCGUGCCGAAUGGGUCAAGCUUGACGUGACAGACCAAGAGUCCAUCAAGAAGGCCGCUGCCGAGACAGAGGCCAAGCUCGGCGGCAAGGGUCUCGAUGUCCUGAUCAACAAUGCCGGUAUCUGUGAAUAUGCGUUCCAAGGGACAAAGUCCAUGGACAACCUCUCUUCCAGCUUCCUGGUCAACGUCCAAGGCGUUCACUGGGUAACCCAAGCCUUCUUCCCACUUCUCGAAAAGGGCCAGUUGAAGAAGGUGGCCAACAUUUCCACUACCCUUGGCUCCAUCAGUCUGGCAGAGCAUUUUGUUCAGUUUCCUGGUCCCGCGUACAAGAUCACAAAGGCUGCUCUCAACGCUCUGACCGUGCAGUGGGCUCUUGACCACGAGAAGGAUGGCUUCACUUUCAUUGCUCUCUGCCCUGGCUGGAUGAAGACAGAGCUCGGAGGUGGUGACAUGGCCGACUUGACCGCUGAGCAGGGCGCCAAGGCCUCUCUCGACAUCAUCUUCAACAAGAGCCAAAAGGAAGUCAACGGGAAGCUACCCAAGGUAUUCGUCGAGGGCUGGGACAAGCCCGCUCCGGGGAGGGCAAACGUGUACGAUGGCACCAACGCGCCUUGGUGA